UCAGUGAGGCGCAUGCGCAGUGGGAUACAUGUGCUUUUUCCGCGAAAUUCUCAGGUUGUGGUUUCCCUGUUAUUAUUAUUGUUGUUGCUGUUGUUGUGGUCGUUCUACAUACACUGCUUCACCUUCGGCCCCUGCUUCAGCCCCUACUGGGACCACUGGACCUGUGGCCACGGCACCAGAUUUUAGAAUGAAUGGAUCCACAAAUAACCAUAUCAAUGGAGUUAUCCCAGAUGCAGAUGGGAAAAUUGCUAUUUUAGAUGCAGGUGCACUGUAUGCAAAGGUAAUUGAUCGCAGAGUCCGUGAACUGAAUAUUGAAGGUGACAUAAUACCCUUAGAUACUCCUGCAUUUGCUGUGAAGGAGAAAGGAUACAGAGCUAUCAUCAUAUCAGGAGGACCAAGUUCUGUGUAUGCUAAAGAUGCACCACGAUAUGAUCCUGAUAUUUUCCGGUGUGGACUCCCUGUGCUUGGCAUCUGUUAUGGCAUGCAGAUGAUGAACAAAGAAUUUAAUGGUACAGUGGUGAAGAAGGAGUCCAAAGAAGACGGACAGUUAAAAGUUACUGUUGAUUCAAAAUGUCCCAUUUUCAAGGGUCUGGCAAGUGAGCAGCAAGUGUUGCUGACCCAUGGUGACAGCAUUGACAAAAUAGCAGAUGGAUUCAAAGCUGUGGCACAUUCAGGGAAUAUUACUGCUGCUAUCAGCAACGAGAAGUCCCAGCUGUACGGUGUACAGUUUCACCCCGAAGUUGACCAAACUGACUGUGGCAAGCAAAUGCUACAGAACUUUCUGUAUGAUGUGGCUGAAUGCAAAGGAACGUACACCAUGAAGUGCCGUGAGACGUCUUGUAUAGAUUACAUAUGUUCGACAGUGGGAUCACACAAAGUACUGAUAUUGCUGAGUGGCGGAGUUGAUUCCACGGUGUGUGCUGCCUUGCUCAACAAAGCCUUGAAUGAAGACCAGGUGAUUGCCAUUCACAUUGACAAUGGUUUCAUGAGGAAGAAUGAAAGCAAACAGGUUGAAGAGUCUCUUUCCAGAAUUGGGGUGAAGGUCAAAGUGGUAAGAGCUGCUCACACAUUCUACAACUCAACCACCUCCAUUCCUAUAGACAGCACAGAUCCAAAUUCUUGUAAGAAAAAGACCAACAUGUUAAACUGCAUAACCAACCCAGAGGAAAAACGGAAAAUUAUUGGUGAUACAUUUAUGAAGGUGGCUACUGAUGUCAUCGAAGAAUUAAAUCUCAAACCACAUGAAGUUUACCUUGGUCAAGGUACACUAAGACCAGAUUUUAUUGACAGUGCCUCCAGAUUUGGAAGUUCAAACACAGAUCCCAUGAAAGGACAUCACAAUGAUACAGAACUGGUCCGGGAACUAAGAUUGAAGGGUCGAGUAGUUGAACCUCUGAAAGAUUUCCACAAGGAUGAAGUUAGGCUGAUUGGUAAAAAUUUGGGUCUCCCUACAGAAUUAUUACAGAGACACCCUUUCCCUGGGCCUGGAUUAUCCAUAAGGAUCUUGUGUGCAGAAGAUCGUUAUAUAGACAAAGAAUUUGGAGAAACGAACCAGUUAUUGAAAAUCAUAAGUGACUAUAGCAACUCUUUGAAAACGCCUCACUCACUAUUAAACAAGGUGAAAAGUUGCACCACUGUGGAAGAACAAGCUGACUUAGUGCGUAUCACAGAAUCACAGACUGUUGUUGCCAUGCUCCUUCCUAUCAAGAGCGUUGGAGUGCAGGGUGACAAUAGAACAUACAGUUAUGUAGCAGCUUUGUCAAGCGACAUGAAACCUAAAUGGGACAACUUGUUAACAAUGGCUAAAUUGAUCCCUAAAAUAUGUCACAAUAUCAACAGAGUCGUGUAUGUGUUUGGAGGCCAAGUACGAUUUCCCGUUGAAGAUGUGACACCAACCUUUCUCACAGAUGGCGUACUCAGCACGCUGCGCCAAGCCGACUACGUGGCAACCAAGGUGCUGCACGACUCUGCCUAUGUGACCCGUCUCUCACAGAUGCCCAUCAUCCUUGCACCGCUCCACUUUGACCGCGAUCCCAUCAACCACCAGCCAUCGUGCCAGAGAUCAGUGAUCAUCCGUACAUUCAUAUCCACCGACAUCAUGACUGGAGUGCCGGCCACACCCGGGGUACAUAUACCUGAAGAUGUUAUUCAGAAGAUGACAGAAGCCAUAUUAACCGUUCCUGGAAUCUCUCGAGUUCUGUACGAUCUAACGGCGAAGCCACCCAGCAACACGGAAUGGGAAUGACACCCACCCAGGCGGAGCCGUAGCUCCGAGCAACACCACCCACACCACCGCUCUCACCAACGCUGCCACUGCUAUCAUCUUCAUCAUCGUUGUCGUCGUCAUGCCAACCACCUCUACCAUCACUGCUACCAACAACAACAACAACAACAGCAGCAGCAGCAAUGGCACCACCACCAACAGCAGCAGCAGCACUUCAUUGUGGAUGGUAACUGUUCAAAACCAGUAAUGAUGAUGAUGAUGAUAAUGAGGACAAAUGUGGUGGCGGUGGUGGCUGUUGUAAAGAUAAAGGGGACGAUGGCGAUGGUGACAGCAGUGUCGAUGAUGAUGAUAAUGAUAAUAGAGAUGGUGAUAAGGUCACAAUCGACCUCUGCUCCCACAUAUAUGUGUGGCUAACUAGAUUCUUUCUUUCGUUUUUUUUUUUUUUCUUUUCUUUUUCACUUUGGUCACUAGGAUGAGUUACCCCUGCCCCUCUCCCAUCAUGCUAUGGCCCCUUCCUCUUUCUGGUCCCUUCCUCACCUCUCUUCAUUCUUUGAUUCCUUUUUUUCGUGUUUUUGUUUGUAUCCCAGACUUGUAGUUGUGGCAGGAGUGUUAUCUGCAGUGGUGUUGGUGGUGGUGGUGGUGGCAGUAGGAAUGUCAUUUGUGGUAGUUUUGGUGGUGGUAGUGGUGGUGGUUGGCUACGAAAGGUGAUGGGUCAUGUUUUGUACAGCGGUAGUAGUGGUAAGAAGGCUGUCCUGUGGCCGUUUGGAGUUGUGCGCAGUGGUGAUGCUGGUGGCUGGAGACACGAGUGCAGUCAUGCAUGACAUAUGGGCUGCAGUGGAUUUGUUGCAUGAAUCCCUGUCAUUCAUGCAUGAAGGGAUUUGUGUAACAAUCUUGUAGGCAAGCACAUCCAAUUAAGCGAUGCUUUAAUUUGCUUGAUCUGCAUCUCUACCACUGCACACAACCGAUGCAGCAUUUGGCGGGUUUGUACAGUCAUGUGACCAUGGUACUGUUCCUUCUUCUCUCUCAAAUUGCUGACCUUGUGGAGCCUAAGAAAUAUAUAUAUAUAUAUAUAUAUAUAUAUAUAUAUAUAAAACAAUGGCUUCUCAAUAUUGUAUUUAAGACUUAAGCUAGGUUGCUGUUGUCAUUGUAUUAUUUGUUAUCUGAUCAAACUUUGGUCAAGGAGGUAGCUCAGAGAAUGCUUAGCAACAAGAGCUCACAGUGUAGAUACGAUACUUAAUAAGCCAGUCGUUCAUAUUAUCACCGGUUGUCAAGGUAUUUAGGAUCUUUGACAUGUCUGCCCGGUUCACUUACCUGUGUAGGUGAGUAGGUUAUGGGUGUGUGUGCUUGUAUCAAGGCCGAGCUGUGGUUGAGACGGGGUCCCCCAUAUGGUUGAUCUAGAAAAUCGGCAGUUCAGAUCUUGUGUCUGGUGGGUGGUGCGUUGAGUUUUUUUUUUUUAAUCCAGGCCCUCUUAGAUCCGUUCUCAAUGACCAAGAGAAUCGACCAUGUCGUUCGUUUGUAUCUGAUGAUUGGUGUAAGUCACGGCUGCAGCACUGUUGGUGGUGAUGGUCAUACAUGGCACCUUACUUUGGCAGUUGUACAGUCUACUUCUAUUUACAUCUCCACUGUGUGUGUGUGUGUGUGUGUGCAUGCGUGUCUCAGGUGAGAGGAUAAGGUGCAGCUUUGAAAAAUUGCUAUAUAUAUUUGCUUGUGCAGCUGCAAAACGGUGUGGUGUUAAUGGUAGUGAUGGCGAUGGACACCUACUAGUUGUAGGAUGUUUGUUAUUAAAGAUUAGAAAAUGCUACAAACACCUUGAUGUCUUAUUGUUAAUAUCGUUGUUUUCCCUGCCCCCCCGUUUCAAAGUUUUUUUCUUCUUCUUUUUCCAUUCAUCACACCCACUCCCUGUUUUCACUCCACCUUCAUCAUUCAAGUCUCCUGUUAAUUGUAUGCAAGACUCCUCCCUCCCCCAAAUCUCAUCUCCGUCACUUUCGGUUCAUUUGCAGACGUUGUUAUGGUUGUGCAACAAGAAAGGGGCAAAGUUCUGUAGUGAGAUAAGUAUGUGUGUGUGUGUGUGUUAUGGGCAUGUCCAUCCUGCUGUUGAUGAUAGUGAUGAUGAACUCUUCCUCCCUCCCUUUUUUCCUUUGUUAUCCAUAGCUGCAAAUAUGUAAAUUAUUAUCACUUUGCAAAUCAUCUCUCACCGCUACUCUCAUGCCCUCCUCCCUCCCUCCCUCUCUUCCUUCGUAGUCACUACUCUCACUACCAGCUUACAGCUACCAACAGCAGUGCUACUCUUCCCCACCUCCACCUCUAUCACUAUAUUGUCCCCCCUCCUCUCCAUCACUACCACUGUUACUCCUGCCGCCACCUCUGCUACCACCAUACCACCGCCUCUAUCACAGUCUCCUACUACCACUGCAACCCUCAACAACAACAACAACAACAACACAUACCUGACUUAAUGAAUUAGUGUAUUUUUAUUUCUUGUAUUUUUGGUCCCUUCACUCCUUCCUUUUCUUUUUCGCACCUCCCUUUCUGUAACCUUCACUUCUGCUCUUUUUCAUUCCUUUCUCUCUCUCUCUUCCUCUCAUCUCUUCUCUCUUUAUAUCCUUUCAAUUUCUCUUUUUGUCUCCCUCCACUUUUUCUCACAAAUCUUUGUUUUCUUUCAUUUCCUUGACACUCUCUUAUAUCCCUGCUAAUUGGCUCCCUUCACCAUCACCACUACUACUACUAUUACUAUCUCUAUCAUCAUCAUCUUCAGCAUUAGAUAAAUUGCCUUAAAAGGAAAAAAAAAAAAGACAUCACAUGGUCCCUGCAAAAAAAGAAAAAACCCCAAAAAACCAAAAAAACCAAAAAACAAAGACUUCAAAAACAUAAACAAAAAUAUCUAAGUUAAAAAAAAAAAUGCUUAAAAAAUAUUUCAGGGGUUGUAGAACCCUGUCUUUUUUCCUCCUCCCAAGUUUCCCAUUUUACCUUCAAAUCUCUACAGUUUCCCCCUACCCCCCACCUCUCUAAAGACCUUCGAAAAUUGAGUUUGAGAAUAAAGGGUGUAGAAAAGCUUUUUUUACAAACAUUGGUUAUAAUAAUAUUAAUCUAUAAUAAUAAAAGUGAAAUUUUGUCUGUCCGUCUGGGACCCCUGUA